GCAUAUCUUGUCAUCUUCCGGUGCAAACAAGGAACACAUCAACGUCGCAGCGAGCAAGAGGCAAAAACAAUGCCUUUUUGCUCACUAAAAUGUGAUUUAAUUUAAUUGGAUAGAGUAUUACCAUAAAGCUUUUACAAAUGUCUGAAUCGGCUGAAUCUCCAGACACUCGGAGUCUGGUCUCUGCGUCCUCCCAGCUCAAUCUCAUGGAGAUAGACACGAUCGACGACAAAGAGUUCGACAUUCCUCAAGUUGAUACACCCCCCACUUUGGAGAGCAUCCUUAACGAGCCAGAGGAAGAGGAGGAGCCCUUCAUUCUAGAGGACACCUGUCUGCUCAACACCGAGAACAUUGACGCCCACUCCUGCGAGACCUCCUCAUUGGCCAGCUCUGACAGUGGAGACCGUACCCACCUCAAAAGGAAGAGGAAGACAGUGGAGUUGAACGCCACGGUGCACGGCUCGGUGCUCAGACAUGAUGCUUGUUCAGUAGAUUCAAAUGUAGGGGGUGUGUGUGUGUGUGUCACCUCCCAGGUGUUUGAAUUUCUCAUCCGUCUCCACUCGUCGGAGGGCCCACAGGAAGAGGAGGUUUACCCCUACGUGCGCACGCUGCUCCAUUUCGACACCCGCGAGUUCCUCAACGUCCUCGCGCUGGUGAGCCACGCCCAGGAAGUACCGCAGGAAACACCCCAAGGACAGACCUUCGAGGACUUCCAGAAUGACAAGCAGGCCCUGGAGUACCAGCAGAGGAUAGUAGACAUUCUGCUGAAGGUGAUGGUGGAGAACGCGGACUUCACCCCCUCUCAGGUGGGCUGUCUCUUCACCUUCCUGGCCCGCCAGCUCGCCAAGCCAGACAACACACUCUUUGUCAACAGGAAGCUGUUUGACCAGGUUCUGGAGUUUCUCUGCAGUCCUGAUGAUGACUCCAGACACACAGAGAGACAGCAGGUGCUGUUGGAGUUGCUGCAGGUUGGGGGCGUGGUCCAGUUUGACGAGACAAGGUUACUGGGCCUGGCGGAGAAGGCAGAGUUCUACCAGAUCUGUGAGUUCCUGUAUGAGCAGAAGCACAUGUAUGAUAAGAUCAUAGACUGCUACCUAAGAGAUCCCCUUAGAAAGGAGGAGAUAUUCAACUACAUCCACAACCUGUUGUCCAUGCCUGGGUACAGCCCAGAGGAGAGGCAGUGUGUCUGGGACAACACACUACAGCACAUCCAGGAGCUGGUGAUCAUUGAUCCCAGUAAGUCAGCAGAUCUGGUGGCUGGUCACUUCCUGGAAGAGAUCCGGCCAAUCAUCAGCAGCCUACAGAAGGAACAUCUGGUGUAUCAGUUCCUUCGAUGCCUUCUGGACCCAAGAGAAGGCCCUCAUCCCCAGGCUGUCGUGGGGCUGGAGCCCGACCUCCACGAGCUCCUCAUCGGGCUGCUGUGCCGCUUCAAACCCCGGGAGCUCACCUCCUUCCUCCAGACCUCCCAGGACUACCGUCUGGAGGAAGCCAUACAGGUAACAGAGCGGCAUCAGCACCACGAGGCCACAGCCUAUCUGCUGGAGAAGAAGGGCGACGCCCAAGGAGCAUUCCAGGUCCUGCUCAAGACCCUGAAAGAGAGGCUGAGCAGCCUCACCCUUGGGGGAAAGGAGGAGGGGGGAGGGGAGGGGGAGGAGCCACCCCUGCAGAGAAUCGAGGUUGCCCUGAGUGCCAUCAUCGCCUUGAGUGACCGCUGCUCCCACAACCUCAACCAGCAACAGAGAGAGGUGCUGUGGUUUCCUCUGCUAGAGGCCAUGAUGUCUCCACAGACACUUCUGAAGGGACCAGAUACCAGGAACACCUCAGAAGCGUUGAAGGAGCUCACCAUGAAGGUUCUGAACAGCAUGAGCAGCUUCAUCUCCCUGCCAGCCAUCAUCCAACGCAUCCUCCAGGACCCGGUGUAUGGGAAAGGCAAGCUGGCUGAAAUCCAGGGCCUCAUCCUAGGAAUGCUGGAGACGUUCAACUACGAACAGACUCUGCUAGAGACCACCACCAGCCUGUUGAACCACGACCUCCACUGGUCCCUGUCGCACCUGCGUGCUGCCGUCAGCAGGGGGCUCCACCCCCGACACGACCACUGCAACAUCUGCCUGCAGCAGUACAAGAGACGCCACGACUCCCCAGAGGAGAUCAUCAUCUUCAGCUGUGGCCACCUGUACCACUGCCAGUGCCUGCAGAGGAAGGGGAGUGGCCUGUCGGGAGAGAGGCUCCAGGGGUGGAGCUGCUACAAGUGCACGUCCAAUCAGGGAGGGAGGGGCGGGGACAGGGUCGCCACGGAAACUGGGAGGGGUCGCACUGCUUCCCUGGCCCAGACCACCGUCACAUCAACACACAGGGACGCAGGAGCUGAGGCUCAUGGGAAAAAGGGUUUGGCCGAGACGACCCUGGACCCCCAACAGAGCCAGUCGUGGGACCAGCUCCGCUGCCUCUACAGAGGCCCCUCCAGGCUGGCCAUCCUCUCGGAGCUCUCUCAGUGCCACGGCAACGAGAAGGCGGGGCUGCUGAACCCCGUCCAGCCAGGAACAGGAAGCAUCUUCCACAGCGAGAACUUCCUGCUCAAGCUGUCCCCUCCGCCAUUGGUCGAGGAGUAGCAGCCGUGGGCCGGCGGAGGGGCCGAGUCUCCCCCGCCAGCAGCUGUUCCUGGGUCAGGAAGGCCCGGAACACAUGACAUCGACCCCGAUGUUGCGAUUGGUUCAUUUCCUGCGUGAUAAUGCAACGUCGGUUGUCAAAGUACUAGCCGUUCCGUGUGCUUUGACAAGCGUUGACCACCUUAAAAACAGACUCGGCUCCAGAGACUUGGUUGCACAUCGCCUUUAAAUCCCCUCGACAUCAUCUCCUCCAUCACCCUUCGCUCGACCUUCCUCAUCACCCCCUAAUUCACCUGCUACGUCUUCAUCUACAUCCACUCCUUAGUCUCCAUGAGCUCCUGGGUCAGCUCCUGAAUCUUACAUCACCUCCUGCCGUCGAUCCCCCGCUUGAACACCUCCAUCAUCAGCCCCCGGAGCCCAUCUUCAGUAGAUCUCCUCGAUCACCUCCUUUUAGCAGAUCACCUCCUUCCAAUAUGACAUCAUCUCCUUCCUCCGCUCCUAGAUCAUCUCCUUCGGUGGAUCAGCGUCCACGUCUCCCAUCGCCUCGUAGAUCCUCUCAGAGCAGCCAUGCAGCUGGAUGGGUCUGUGUUGUGUAUAGAAAACACGACCAUGUGUACCCGCCCGUGAAGUUCAGCCCCUGCUCCCAUCCAUCUGUUGGCGUCUGUCUGCAUAAACAAUAAACACCUUUCUAAUGUUGAACAAUGGCUAUUGGCUGUUCCUCUCAGCGGAAAUGUGGGUCGCUUUUGACUUUGUUUAAGGUCAUACCAGCCCCUUUGCUAGACCGAUCUGCUUUUUGAUUAUGGAACACUCAGCCUAAGAUUGCUUGUUCUCAAUGCAUAAAAGGUUGAUGUGA